CGUCUGGCGACUGGCAGUCGCCUCCUCCCUCUGCUCCAGACCGAGACCAAGGCCUGGUGAAGGGACUGUCGGGAUAGUAGGAAGGGGAGUGGUUCGGGCCUGAUGCGCACCGCGCCAGGUUUCCGCACCAGCUCUGCGCCCCUCGGUGUGGCCCUCAAGCUCACAGCCGCGACCAUGCCCCUCCACGUGAGCCUCGCCAACGGCAACCGGGACCUGGAUUACGACUCGGUGCAGCCAUACUUCAUGUGCGAUGAUGAGGAGGAGGACGUGCACCAGCAGCCGCCGCAGCCGCCCGCGCCCAGCGAGGACAUCUGGAAGAAAUUCGAGCUGCUGCCCACGCCGCGCCCGUCCCCGGGCCACGCCGGCCUCUACUCACCACCCAGCGAAGCGGUCGCCGCGUCUUUCUCCCCCAGGGAACACGACGAUGACAGCUUCUUUACCGCAGACCUGUUGGAGAUGGUGCCCGAGCUGCCAGGAGAUGCAGUGAAGCACAGCUUCGUCUGCGACCCGGACGACGAGACGUUCGUGAAGAACAUUAUCCUGCAGGACUGUAUGUGGAAUGGCUUUUCGGCCUCCGCCAAGCUGGUCUCCAAGCUGGACCCCUACCAGGCUGUGCGCAAAGAAGGGACCAGUGCGAACCCGGCCGCGGACAGCGAGCCUGCGACGCCUCCAGACUGCACCUGCAACACCUGAGCACACCGCACUGGAUCUUUGGACUGUAAGCUUCGGCCAUGUUAACUGCCUCAAAUUCUGGGCAUAAAAGAACUCCCUCCCCCUUUUCUUUUUUAAAGCUUGCCAUCCUUCCUUAGCCCCCUUAACAGAUUUGUAUUUGUGUACUAAAAAAUCUUAAAGUUUUAUCACUUUUCCAAUGUCAACUGGACCCUUAAAUGUAAAUAACUUAAAUAAAACAUUUUAUCAGUUGUAUGAGAUCUUAA